AUGUCAAGCUUCAUGAGAGCAAUGUUGAUUGUGUUAUGUGCUUUGUGGAUAUUGCCAUUGCUAGCACAUGCUAGAACAACAAGGCAUUACAAGUUUAAUAUCAAAAUGCAAAACGUAACCAGGCUUUGUCAUACAAAGAACAUUGUAACGGUUAAUGGACAAUUUCCAGGUCCUAGAAUCAUAGCAAGAGAAGGCGAUAGAGUCGUAAUUAAAGUGGUUAACCACGUGAAGUACAAUAUCUCAAUUCAUUGGCAUGGAAUUCGCCAAAUAAGAAGUAGUUGGGCAGACGGACCUGCAUACAUUACACAAUGUCCAAUUCUUCCGGGCCAAAGUUAUGUGUACAACUUCACAAUCAUAGGUCAAAGAGGAACAUUGUGGUGGCAUGCACAUAUCUCAUGGCUUAGGUCUACUCUUCAUGGUUCUAUUGUCAUUCUUCCCAAAAAACAUGUGCCUUAUCCAUUCCCUCAUCCCUUUAAAGAAGUUCCCAUUGUAUUAGGGGAAUGGUGGAAAGCAGACACAGAAGCUGUUAUUAAUCAAGCGAUAAAAACAGGAUUGGCACCUAAUACCUCAGAUACUCACACCAUCAAUGGCCUUCCAGGUCCUCUCAACAACUGUUCAGCUAAAGAUACCUUCAAGCUCAAGGUUCAGCCGGGAAAAACAUAUCUACUCAGAAUAAUCAAUGCUGCACUCAAUGAUGAGAUGUUUUUCAGCAUUGCUAAUCACACUCUCCAUGUUGUUGAAGCCGACGCUGUCUACGUAAAGCCAUUCAGAACAAACAUCGUACUCAUCACGCCGGGCCAAACCACUAAUGUCCUUCUCAAGACCAAUUCCAUAACCCCAAAUGCCAAAUUCAUCAUAGCUUCAAGACCUUAUGCUACAGGUCCUGCGUCUUUCGACAACACAACAGCAAUAGGUUUCUUGGAGUACAAGAAACACUCACAUUCAAACACUAAGCCAAACAAAAACAAUCUUAAGCUUUUCAAACCAACACUUCCUAAAUUCAAUGACACUGUCUUUGCAAUGAACUUCAAUAAGAAAUUCCGUAGUUUGGCGAAUUCGAGAUUUCCCGCAAAACUUCCGAAAACUGUUGACAGACACUUUUUCUUCACUGUUGGUUUAGGAAUUAGCCAAUGUUCAAAAAACCAAGCAUGUCAAGGACCUAAUAACACAAGGGUAGCAGCAGCCAUUAACAAUGUUUCAUUUGUGAUGCCAAACACUGCUUUACUUCAAGCUCAUUUUUUCAACAAAUCUAAAGGAGUGUUCACUACUGAUUUUCCUUCUAAUCCAGCUUUCAAAUUCAACUACACCGGAACACCGCCAAAGAACAUCAUGGUAACUAGUGGAACAAAGGUUGUGGUUUUGCCAUACCAUACCAAAGUGGAGUUGGUGUUGCAGGAUACAAGUAUCAUUGGUGCUGAGAGUCAUCCAUUGCAUCUACAUGGUUUUAACUUCUUUAUUGUUGGUCAAGGGAAUGGAAACUUUGACCCUAAAAAUGACCCUUCUAAGUUCAAUCUGGUUGAUCCUCCUGAGAGAAACACUGCUGGUGUUCCAUCUGGUGGAUGGGUUGCUUUGAGAUUCCUUGCAGAUAAUCCAGGUGUUUGGUUCAUGCAUUGUCAUCUUGAAGUGCAUACAAGUUGGGGACUGAAAAUGGCAUGGGUUGUUCAGGAUGGGAAAGGACACAAUCAGAAGCUGCCCCCUCCACCCUCUGAUCUUCCCAAAUGCUGA